AUGGACCCUGGGACGGGCCUCUUUGUCCUGGCCAGCAAAGACAGCCACAUGUACAUUCCAAACCCGAAUGCCACCCACGAUAUCUUCCAUGUCAGCGCCGUCGACGCAUUCAAGGCUGUCGGCCGGUUCGUCGGGCGAGCGCUGCUCGAUGGCCAAAUGCUCCCGCUUCCGUUCAGCCCUGCCGUGUUCAAAGCCAUUUUGGGCGUCCCGCUGACCCUGGAGGACGUGGAGGUGUUGGACCCCAGUGUGUACAGCAGCCUGCGGUACAUUCUCGAGCACGAUGACAUUGACGCGCUCGCGUUGACGUUUUCGAUCACCGAACGACGGGGCGACCGCGUGGACGAAGUCGAUUUGAUUCCCCGUGGCAGGUGCAUCGACGUCACCGAUGCCAACAAAGCCGACUACGUCGACUUAAUGCUGCGAUACUUGCUGUACCAACGUUUUGAGCGCUACCUGUUGGAGCUAGUCCAAGGCGUAUACGACAUCGUGCCGCCCGAGUUGCUCGUCCCGUUCGACCACAAAGAGCUUGAGCUGCUGCUCUGUGGCCUGGCAGACAUCGAUGUUCAGGAUUGGAAAGCCCAUACAGAGUGCUCGACCAACGUCGCCGGCUCCCCCCUCGUAGAGUGGUUCUGGGACAUCGUGGCCGCCAUGACACCUGCUGAGCGCGCGACCCUACUCCAGUACACGACUGGAUCAAGUCGGGUUCCUGUCCAAGGAUUCCGCGGGUUGACGAGCCACGACGGCCGCAUCUGCCGCUUUAGCCUGAAGGGCGUGACAUAUAUCCCUGGCGCGUACCCCACCGUCCACGCGUGCUUUAAUCGCAUUGACUUGCCGCUGUACCCGCGAAAGGACCUCCUGGUGGAGGCGCUGCAGAUGCUCCUGCUAUCGAACCCGACAGGAUUUGACAUUGCGUAAUUCGUACGUCCGUUGUUCCCCA